GAUAUAUACGCGUUCUCUCCUAGCACGACUGCCAGCUGUGUAGUAGCCCACUGUCCACAUACAGCGGAGGUCUGAAGGCUACACUCAGCAUCACUGGUCAGACAGCAUCACAGCAAAAUUGAUCAGUCCUUAGUCUUGGUGUGCAUGCACUGAACGUUAUAAUAACCAUCAACUAGUUUUUUUAGGACAAAAUAACAGUUUUGUAGACUUAGUUUUAUAGCUAGAUAGAUAUUUGUUAAAUUAUUUCUUUACAAUGGAAGGAAACAGGAAAUUAAUCAGUCCCUUUCACCGACCACGGUGCCUGGCGGCGGCGGCACCUGGAGGGAAAGCCAAAUUAACUCACCCAGGGAAGGCGAUUCUAGCAGGUGGUAUAGCAGGGGGUAUAGAGAUCUGUAUCACCUUCCCUACUGAGUAUGUGAAGACUCAGCUACAGCUGGACGAGAAGGCCAACCCUCCAAAAUACAGGGGCAUCGGUGACUGUGUAAAGCAGACGGUACAGGGUCACGGGGUGAGAGGACUGUACAGAGGACUCAGCUCACUGCUCUACGGAUCCAUACCCAAAUCAGCUGUCAGGUUUGGCGUGUUUGAGUAUCUCAGUAACCAUGCCCGUGAUGAGGCAGGGAAGUUGAACAGCACCAGGGGUCUGUUAUGUGGGCUUGGUGCUGGAGUCAUGGAGGCUGUAGUCAUAGUCUGUCCCAUGGAGACUGUCAAGGUUAAAUUCAUCCACGACCAGUCUUCAGCCAACCCCAAAUACAGAGGCUUCUACCAUGGAGUCAGGGAGAUCAUCAGAACCCAAGGUAUUAAGGGGACGUACCAGGGUCUGACGGCCACCGUCCUGAAGCAGGGCUCCAACCAGGCCAUCCGCUUCUAUGUCAUGACCUCCCUCAGGAACUGGUACAAAGGGGAUAACCCCAAUAAGGCUAUUAACCCUGUGGUGACGGGAACGUUUGGAGCCGUCGCAGGAGCAGCCAGCGUGUUUGGGAACACCCCUCUAGAUGUCAUCAAGACCAGGAUGCAGGGUUUGGAGUCUCAUAAGUAUAAGAGUACGCUGGACUGUGCCUUGAAGAUCAUGAGACACGAGGGUGUACGAGCGUUCUAUAAGGGGACGGUUCCUCGGCUGGGUCGUGUGUGCCUGGAUGUGGCCAUCGUCUUCAUCAUCUAUGAGGAGGUGGUCAAGGUUCUCAACACGGUCUGGAAGACAGAGUGAGGGGGCAGGGCUGGAGCCUCUUCUGACCUCACUGGGCCAAACACGAUGUGACUGGACAACUGAGCCUUCUACCAGUCUGCGUCUCAAACAACACCUUAUUCCCUAUAUACAGUAGUGUGCUACUUUUGACCCAUCAGGCUCCCAUCAGGACCACCAGGCUCUGGUCAAAAGUAGGGCAUUGUGUAGGGAAUGGAGUGCCAUUUCAGACGCAUUCUACCCAUAACUGUACUCACCAGCUGAGCUGUAAGCGGAGUGAAAGCUAUGAAUAAUAUCUAUUUGGACAUAGCCUACCUAUUUGGAUGCAGUGGUCACAAACCCUGGUCCCAGAGAGCUACAAAGUGUACAGGCUUCUGUUCCAUCCCUGCACUAACACACCUGAUUCUUCCAAACAAGGCCUCCAUGAGUUGAAUGAGGUGUAGCGCUAAACUGGGACAAAAUCCUGCACGUAAUGUCACUCUCCAGGACCUGGACUGAAGAACACUGAAAUAUAUAAUGUUUUUUUUUUUUUUAUAUCUACGUAAAUUAAUUACACUAUCAUAAUGAGUUAACUGUAUGGUAGUGGGUACCAUAUCAUCCUGAGUUAAAGCAUAGUGGUUCUGCCUUGACCUGAGGGUCUAGCUACAGUAACAGUUACAGUAGCAACUACAUGAAUUGUAACUUAUACCCACCCUCCUUUUGAGAAUUUAUUACCAACCCUUUUAUGCAAUCAUUUUACUUGUGUGAUAUGAUUUGUAUUUUUAUAAUGCAUAUUAUGGUUGACUAUUAAUGUUUAAUUGCUGAGUAUAUUGUUUUACUCAGUUCCAGAUGCCAAGCCCAUCCAGUAGCAAGCCAAGUUGUGACAAAUGAUACUAAUUAUUGUCACAGUUCUACUGUAAUACCACUCACCCUUUUGGGCUGGCCAUGGCUAACGUCUUUUUCCUCAAGUGAAACGUAUACAUAGAGUAAUAUAUUCUUACCAAGAGAAGAGAAAAAUGGGUAAAUAAUAUAUAUUGAUUCAUAAUAUAUUGAUCAGAGUCUUUUCAAUGUACUUAUUGAAUGUUGAAUGUGUAGUAACGAGUCUCUGUUUGAGACACGCUGUUAUACUGUGCCGUGUUAUGUACAGUUCUAACUUGGAAGCGAAUGCUUCAUGGUGUUAACAUUACAGUACUGUAUGGAUUGGGUGGGUGGGUGCAAGAGGUCACAGCAUUUUUUUUGUUCCUGUAUGGUAUAUCCACAGAUAGAACAAUGAGACAGAUAUUUCACUGGAUGUAUAAAUAUGAAGCAUCCACUUGGUGUUUCCAUUCACUACCAAAUAUGGUAGUGAGAGAAAGCCCACUGGCGCGCAGUGGUAGAAAAUGGAACGAGAUGGAUUAUGGCCUACAUUCUGCAAAUGUUCUCAUCGAUGAAACAUUUGAUCUCAAUACAGUUUUCUGUUCACAAAACUAUAACCUGUUAUGAAUAGAGUUGACUAAGUUUUGUAGACUUUAGCCAUUGUCAAAGUUUUUUAAAAUCGCGUUGUUUAGAAGGAAUGCAAAGUCAUAUUGGUUAUCGCACAGGCGAAUUUCACAGAGUAGGCGUUCCCUAACAGAAAUAUGCAGAUGUUUGCUAGAACGCUAGCUCGUGCUUGGCUCUGCCCACCUCCUUGCUUGUUCUGCCCACUAUGACUCAUAUGUUCCCAUCUGAAACGACAGGCUGUGGUCUAUCUUGGUUUAUUUAUAAAAAAUCUUUGGUAUAUCACUACUGGUCUCCAUUCGGGCUCAACCAUACAGUAACUCAGGUUCCCAGCUCAGAUUGCCUCCUGCCACAGAUGGUUGUUCAGCAUUGUUCUAAGAUGGAAACUUGAGGGAACCUUCCCAUUCCAUUCACACACAUUCAUAUCAUUCUAGAGGCCUUUGUUGUCAAAAUGGCACCACAUGUAACAUAAUCCUUGACAUUAUGUUACAAAUGGUGCCAUUUUGGGGGUUGUUUUAGUUUUAACUUCAUGAGGAAAACAACAAUUUUGAAACCAUUACACAUUUUUUUUUUAUCAAUCUCAUCUGGGUUUUCAGGGUCUUGAUCAUAAAGUGUAUUUUGCCACAAUCUUCAAUUGCUAUGUGUUGUAGUCAUGGUAACAUAUGUAAGACCAUUCUGAAUCUGCACAAAUAUCUGCCCUGACGAUUGUAGUCAAAUCUAUAACAAGAAAAUAUGGCUUUAUUUAGCAUCGGUGGAAUAGAAAAUGAAACGCAUUACUUUGCUUUUAGAGCCUUUGUGUUGUCGGUAACAGUAUACUGACUGUUUUGACUCUGCUUUUACAUAGUGUUGUAUAUACAACAUGUACUGUAAGGUAUGGGAGGCCUCAGUCUCCUCCUCACCAUAUACUGUCUAAAAUAUCAUAAUCUCACCAUCAAAAUUAAAUGGAUGUCAUUACAAAUCCCUAGAGGAAUGCACUGUGUUUCUUACGUUAUUAUAACCUCUAAAUCUAAGGUGGUAUUACACCAAGAACCAAUAAAUAACCACUGUCCUUUAUUUUCAAUUUGAAAGUUUUUCCAAUUGUAGGAAAAUGUGUUGUUUGUGUGUGUGUGUGUGUAUUUCCCUCCCUCCUACUCCCCUUUCAUGAGGUCAGGGAUAUAAUCACUGUAGCUGUCCCAUCUGGAAAUCUGAAAGUGAAAGAAACAAUUCAUUCAUUUUUAUAGUUACAGCACCAUUAUUUUGAGGUGGUUUAUGCAUUCAAACAAGAGAAUGUUACCUGGGGUUCAUUCAGUCUGAACUGAAUAAUGGCUCUGACUAUAUUUACAAGAUAAUGUUAGUGAAUAGUAGCUGUGGUGGCCAUAUACAGUGCCUUCAGAAAGUAUUCACACCCAUUGACCUUUUCCACAUUUUGUUACAAAGUAGCUUAAAAUGGAGUUAAAUGUCAUAUUUGUCAACGAUUUCCAUAAAAUACUCUAAUGUCAAAGUGGAAGAAAAAUUCUAACGUUUAUAAAAAACAAAACAAAAAAAACACACUAAUAUCUCUUGAUUAGAUACAGUGUAAGUGUUCAACCCUCAGAGUCAAUACAUGUUAGAAUCACCUUUGGCAGCAAUUACAGCUGUGAGCCUUUCUGGGUAAGUCUAAGAGCUUUCCACACCUGGAUUGUGCAACAGUUGCCCAUUAUUAUUUUCAAAAUUCUUCAAGCUUGGUUAAAUUGGUUGUUGAUCAUUGCUAGACAACCAUUUUCAGUUCUUACCACAGAUUUUCAUGAACAUUUAAGUCAAAACUGUAACUCGGCCACUCAGGAACAUUCACUGUCUUCUUGGUGGUAACUCCAGUGUAGAUUUGGCCUAGUUUUAGGUUAUUGUCCUUCUGUAGUUGUCACGUCCUGACCACAGAGAGCAUUUAUUUGCUAAGGUGGAGUAGGUCAGGGCGUGACUGGGGGGUGUUCUAGUUUAUUAUUUCUAUGUGGGGUUCUAGGUUUAAUUUUCUAUGUUGGUGAUUUGUAUGAUUCCCAAUUAGAGGCAGCUGGUAAUCGUUGUCUCUAAUUGGGGAUCAUAUUUAAGUAGUGUUUAUUCCCACCUGUGUUUGUGGGAUAUUGUAUUUUGAGUAAGUGUAUGUAGCACCGCUGUAGUCACGGUUCGUUGGUCGUUUCUUGUUUUGUUUAAAGUUUCACGUUUAAUAAAUUAUGUGGAACUCAACAUCCGCUGCGCCUUGGUCCGUCUCUACAAACAACCGUGACAGUAAGGUGCAUUCUCAGACCAACCAGGAGGUGACCGGCCGCAGUGUCCAGCUCCAGCCCAGCAGUAAUGGCUCCCCCUACCAUUGGUGCUGCUUCUCCCAACCCUCAGGUCAGAGAGAACCCCCCUCCCAGGCAGGGCAGGACUCGCCGGGCCCGUGGAGGAGGAGGCCACAGCCGCCGCAGCCUCCUCCGCUUCAGUGUCAUGCUAAUGACGCCUGGAACGCAUUGCCGUGGCAGCGGAGGGGUACACCACCACCAAUACUCGCUCCACCAACGCAAAUGCUCCCUUUAUUGGGUCCUCCUCCACUCCUCCUGCUUCCAGCACCCCAGCCACUGCUAGCAGUGCGCACUCUAACCCAGCCAAUCGACCCAGGGCACUCUCCUCCUCCACCACCACCACCACCCAGAUCCGCAGUCGUACUCGCACAACCGGCACCCGUCGAUCUCUCAUCCGAGCCCGGACCAACCGCAGAAUGGGCCUGUCUCGUAUCAUUGAGACCCAUCUGUCCAGACGAGGCUCCCUCCGUGAGAGGGACAGAUGAGAGCACUAAGGAAUGAGAGACUCAGAUGGGGUUUCUGUUUUCUAUGUUGCCUACCUUGUUUUUGGUGACCUGUUCCUUGGUUUGUUUUAAUAAAUGCCACCUAUGAAUGUAGAUGGGUUUUGUUGACCUGCUAGCAUUGCUGGCUGCAUGUUCAGUAUUAUCUGUGCCCAGUGACGUUUAUUUUUUGUGAAAUGUACAGAUUCAUUACCCUUACAGUACAUUUAAUUUUCAUGUGGGUUCAAAGAGCUUCUACUCCAUUUCCUUUUCCUGGUGAUAUUUGAAUUGAUGGUGUUUUUAUAUUGUUAGCUAAAAUCAUUGUUUCCCUUAGCCUAAUUAGUAAUUGCAGACUAUUCCUCAAUGGUUAAUGAUGUAUCAUUGUUUGGUCCAGUGAAAGCACUGACUCUGUAUUUGCAGUAAUAAUAUGUACUUCUAAGGCAUUGGUUGUUAUUAGAUGCUGUGGCACCGGUUCUUUACAAAUUACAUUAGUGCUACUGUGCAAGCCAAGCACUGUCCCUCUAAUAGUAAUGGAGUUUAAUGCAGUGCUCUAAGACUCUGACUCCUCGCUCAUGUAGAAACUGCUCUGCCUUCUCAUCAGGUUUGGUACCCAUCAUCUAACUAUACCUAUAAGGAUGGUAACAAUCGCUAAUGGACAACAUCACGUGAUUAUUUACUGAGCAAUAACAUUGCAAGAGAUUGGGGAAGGUACCACACUGAGAAAGGAUGGGCGAGAGCUUUUGUUUGGUGUAAUUUUUCUAGCUUAAUUUGUUAUGCAUCUGUCAAUGUCAAAAUGGGUGUCAAUAUGAUUUAUAAACCAAAGAAUUUGUAUAUUUACUACUAUUGCAUAUCAUAUACUUGAUUACUUUUGUUAUACGUUUACUUGUUCGUUUCUUUGUUCCUGACUUCAAAUAAAGAUUUGAAUGGA